AUGGGCUUACAGGUCAUUGAACAUGCUCCGGAAAGCGAUGCAACCCUGACAUUGGUGGUGAUUCGGUCGAAAUUGCUGCAGCCUGGAUCCAUCGUGCUUGUGGAUGGAAAGGGGCUGACGAUUGGGAGAGAAUCCUCGGAGUUCGAUCGCCGUCUGGUUCUCAAUGAGCUUAGUGUCAGCAGAGUGCAUUGUUCUCUGCGGACUCGCCGCGAACCUACCCCACCGCCGAAACAACGCCUUGCGGACUACUUCUUCGUUACGGAUGUUGGAUCCACGCAUGGAACCACGCUCAACAACGUGCGGCUGAGCGAAGCUAAGAAAGCUAGCCAACCGCAAAUGCUCAAACACGGCGACGUCCUCGCCAUCGGCUCCACCGUCCUCAAAGCCCACAUCCACCCCGAAUGGCCCUGCACCGACUGCCGCGUCACCUCCAACAACGUCGUCAGCACCGAGCCGCGCCCCAAAAAAGCCACCGCUUCCGUCAAAACCGAUCCGCCACCCUCACAGGACUCGACCAACAAUUCAGGCAACGCAACCGAUAAAACCGCCUUAGAGAAAACCCGACGCGCGGAACUUAGAAGACUCAAACGUGAAGCCCUAGGCGGGGACGCGAGCGCGGAUAAACCAAAGUAUAUUGACCGCGCGGCCCUACGGAGACAGAUGCACGGUCUUUCGGCUGAACCCCCGGCCGCCGAAAUCGGUUACGACACAGGUAUUGGGGGCAACUCCCCGGCCCCAUCGCGUGCACAUCAAUCAUCCUAUAACACACCACGACGCGCCUACGACGACCCAACACCGUAUGAGGACCCACCGGUCAUGGGCGUCGGGGGCAGGAUGUUGCAGAAGAUGGGAUGGACGGCGGGGCAGGGGCUUGGUGCGGCGGGGGACGGGCGGGUUGAGCCUGUUGCUGUUACGAUGCGGCAGAAUCGGGUUGGUCUGGGGAUGGAUCACGGGGCGAGUGAGACCAUGAAGGGGGGAGAUCGGCAUCAGCAUGGGAAGGAAACGCUGAAGCAGGCGACGAUGCGGAAGGCUAGGGAGAGGUUUUUGGCUAUGAAUGAUGAAUAA